AUGCAUAGUGAAGAGGAGGAGGUGGAUGCCCAAGAUAGUGCGUGUCCAUGUGUUAGUGCACGUGAGGGGGGCGCGUGUGAGGGUGGCGCGUGUGAGGGUGGCGCGUGUGAGGGGGGCGCGUGUGAGGGGGGAGCGUGUGAGGGGGGCGCGUGUGAGGGGGUUGCACGGCUUGUGUGUGAGGGGCGAACGAGUGAGAGAGGAGAAUGUGGGGUUGGUGGCACAUGUGAACCAGGGAGUGCAGCAGCAUCAGCAGCAGCAGCAGCAUCAGCAGCAGCAGCAUCAGCAGCAUCAGCAGCAUCAGCAGCAGCAGCAGCAUCAGCAGCAUCAGCAGCAGGUGGUGGCGGCACAGGCUCAUGGAAGGAUAGAGUGGGGAGGUGGUGGCAGGGGCCUGCUGAAGAGGAGAGCACGGUACCGUUGUGGGAUGCUGAGAGGCGCUGUGUGGUGCUGCUGACGUGUGAGGACACGGGGUGUGGCAUCGCAGAGGAGGAGCAGCGCGACGUGUUUCAGGCGUUCAUGCAGGUGAGCCCUGCCCCUCAUGCAGAGGGCACAGGCACAGUGGAGGGCACAGGCGCAGUGGAGGGAGGGGUUAAGAUGGUGGUGAGCGCCAAGGAGGCUCUCAAGGAGAUGCUGCAGGGCAUGGCGAUCCUGGUGAGGUGCCAGCAAGGGCAGUUCGCUGGGGGCGUGGAUGACACCACCAUGCCACCCUCCUCUCUUCCCUCUCAACCUCUCCUUCUCAACUUCUCUGUCUCAACCUCUCCCUCUCAAGCUCUCCCUCUCAAGCUCUCCCUCUCAAGCUCUCCCUCUCAAGCUCUCCCUCUCCAACUCUCUUCCUUUAUCAACCAGGUGGUGGACGACAAUUUGAUCAACCGGCGGGUGGCGGCGAGCACGCUGGCGCGGUACGGGGCGGAGGUGGCGCUGGCAGAGUCGGGCGAGGCGGCGCUGCGCCUGCUGCAGGCACGCCACUCCUUCCGCCUCGUGCUCAUGGACCUCCACAUGCCGGGCCUAGAUGGCUUCCAAGCUACCACCCGCUUGCGUGCCUUCGAGGCCGCUGCUCUUAUGGCCCGGGAAGAACAGGGAGAACAGGGGUUGCAGCGCAUGCCAGUGGUGGUGGAGAGUGGGGCAGAGGGCGGGGACGGGGAGGGGGGCUGGCAGCCGCAGCAGCGCGUUCAUGUGGUGGCCAUGUCAGCAGAUGUGGACAGCACUGUUGCUGCCCUUGCCACAGAGGCUGGCAUGGAUGGUGCCGUGCAGAAGCCACUGAAUGAGAGAAUGUUGCUGCAGGUGCUCUCAACAUUGUUUGUGAAGAGACGGAGGUACAGAACCCACUCAAUGUACUGA